CCUCGCCGAAGUCGGGGGUGUCGUGGGGGCGGCAGGUAGCGGCACAGCUCGACGGUGGUUACAAGUUGCAUUUUGAGUAAAGGAGGUUUAGGGCAUUCUUCGAGAUGAAUCCGUGCACUUUGCCUAAGCCUGCAGUGGCUUACGAUGGUGAUGGAGAUCGCUGGAUGGACAUUACGGUUUUUAGGAGAAACUAAAGAGCGAGAACCAGAUGUUGUGAUAUUAGGGGACUCAAUGAUGUCUCAGCUGGAGCAACGAGGAGUAUGGAGAGACGUUUUCAUUCCGAUGCAUGCCUUGAAUUUCAGUAUUGUUGGAGACCAAAUCCAGCAGGUUCUCUGGAGAAUCCAAAAUGGUGAACUAGACAAUAUUAAGCCUAAGGUGGUCGUGUUGUAUGCGGGUGAACCAAACUUGCGUUGUGUCGAUCCCCAGAAGGUGUCUGAAGGAUCAAUAGAAGCUGUGAAAGCAAUAAGAGAAAAACAGCCUGAUGCAUUUAUUUUAGUUCAGGAAAUAUUACCACGUGGUUUAAAUCCCAAUCCUCUCCGAGACUCAAUUGAACAGUAUAAUGAUUUACUGAGAAAAGCGCUUCACAAUGUCCCUAGCUGUAAGGUAGUACCGGUAGGGGAUGAUAUUGUCAAACCUGAUGGAACCAUAAGCCAUGCAGAUCUUUAUGAUUGGUACUACCCCACAAAUGAUGGUUAUUUGAAAGCAUUGGGGCCGUUAAUUAAUGAAUUAAAAUCCAUCCUUCAAAGGUGUAUGUAAGACUGACGUUUCGUCAUAAUGUGAUGGUGAAGGGUCUCAGUUCACUACUGUUAAAGCAAUAACAUUUUAUUGGCUUAUGGCUUGUGUUUUGAUACAAGUAAAUUCUUACAUUUAUUUUUGAAAAUUAAAAUUGAGAUUUUAUGAACUAUACCUAUCUGCCCGUAAAAAGAGUAAAAAACAAUGCAAAUAUUUAAAAUAAAUAAAAUAUAAACAUAUAAUUGUAUUAGCUUAAGAAUAGAAUGCAACAAAGGAUAUUUUAUCCAUCUAGUCUUGUUUCCUAAAACUUAGAUCUGUUCCACAACUAAAGUAAAUCAUGAACUAAA